AUGACACCCGGAGAAUUAGCCCUCACCAGCGGCAACCACACCCCAGUUACCAAGUUCAUCUUGCUGGGAUUCUCCAAUUAUCCAGACCUCCAAGAGCUUCUCUUUGGAGGCUUCCUGCUCAUCUAUGCCAUCACAGUGGUGGGCAACCUGGGAAUGAUAGCACUCAUUUUCCUAGACACCCGUCUCCAUAGCCCCAUGUAUUUCUUCCUCAGUGUCCUCUCCUUCCUUGACGUUUGUUACUCUUCCGUGAUCACACCCAAGCUCUUGCUCAACCUUCUGGCCUCUGACAAGUCCAUCUCUUUCAACGGCUGUGUGGUCCAGAUGACCUUCUUUGUAAUGCAUGCGACAGCUGAGAGCUUUCUGCUGGCCUCCAUGGCCUAUGACCGCUUCAUGGCCAUCUGCCAACCCCUCCAUUAUGGUUCUAUCAUGACCAAGGGGACCUGUCUCCAGCUGGUGGCUGUUUCCUAUGCCUUCGGUGGAGCCAACACUGCUAUCGAGACUGGGAAUGUCUUUGCCCUGCCUUUCUGUGGACCCAACAAGAUAACACACUACUUCUGUGACAUACAACCCCUUCUCCAACUGGCCUGUGCCAACACAGCCACCGCAGGAGUGGUCCUCUACGUCUUCUCUGCUCUGGUCACCCUCCUGCCUGCUGCAGUCAUCCUCACCUCUUACAGCUUGGUCUUGGUGGCCAUCGGGAAGAUGCGCUCAGCAGCUGGGCAGAAGAAAGCCCUCUCCACAUGCGCCUCCCACUUCCUGGCCAUUGCUAUUUUCUAUGGCACUGUAGUUUUCACCUAUGUCCAACCCCAUAGAUCCACUAACAAUACCAAUAGCCAACUAGUGUCCAUCUUCUACACCAUCAUAAUUCCCAUGCUCAACCCCUUCAUCUAUAGCCUCCGCAACAAGGAAGUGAAGGGUGCCCUGAAGAGGAAGCUCCAGAUCAACAUCUUUCCCUGCUGA